UCAUGUUAGAGGGGUUGUCUCUUCGCAUAAUCUCUACAUUCGUUUAUCUAGAUUUUGUAAUAGGUGAACACGAAAAGACGUGCUUAAAAUGUAUCGAUUUUAUAUCUGUAUCGCGAUGAUCCUUCGAGGAUAUCUAAUUAUUUAUUCUCUCAUUGGUUUCACGUGGUUGGUUACGUGCAACACAAUCUCAAAAGAACCGACUGUGUUGAUUAGUGUUCUUGUUAGAAAUAAGGCACACACGUUGCCGUACUUUCUGAGUUUGUUGGAGCAUCAAGAUUACCCAAAGAAGCGAAUAAGUUUUUGGAUACGCAGCGACAACAAUGUUGACAAUUCGAUCGAGAUAUUGAAUAAAUGGAUCAGUUCGAGGAGCAAGAUGUAUCAUUCGAUGAAUGUUUAUUUGAAUGCAUCGUCGACAGGUUUCGAGGAUGAGAGAUCGAUCGCCGAUUGGUCGCCUCGCAGAUUUGCACAUAUAAUAGAUUUGCGUGAACAAGCGCUUGAUUAUGCAAAAGAAAUAUGGGCAGAUUUUAUUUUGAUGCUGGAUGCCGACGUUUUUUUGACCAAUCCAAGCACUAUUCAUGAUUUUAUACAUAAGGGACAUACUGUUGUUGCGCCUUUAUUAAGAUCGGAUGGCAUGUACAGUAAUUUUUGGGCCGGUAUGACAGCGGAACAUUAUUAUUUGCGAACAGAGCUCUACGAGCCGAUCCUAUUUCGCGAGAACAUUGGUUGCCAUAACGUGCCCAUGAUCCAUAGCGCAGUAUUCAUAGAUCUGAGAAGACGCUAUUCCGAUUAUCUUACUUAUAAGGUCGAAAAGUUGACCGGUUAUGAUGGACCAAUGGAUGAUAUCAUAACUUUUGCCAUAGGAGCAAAUAAAUCAGAUGUGUCAUUGUUCGUGUGUAACGACGAUGUUUAUGGUUUUGUUAUGGUACCUUUGGAGAAUGAUGAGACUAUCACGGAAGAUAUGCAACGGUUGACUAAUACCAAAGUGGAAAUGUUAGCAUUUAGCGAUUAUUUGCCGUUGUUGGAUGAUUUAAAAGAAUUUGUGAUAUAUCCGGAGAAAGACACCCUGGGUGUGGAUCACAUUUAUAUGAUAAAUCUAUUAAGAAGACCAGAGAGACGUAGAAGGAUGCAGAGACUUUUCGAAGAAAACAUUCGAGUGGAAAUUAUAGAUGCUGUGGAUGGCAGGUAA